AUGGAAUCAGAACAAUGGUUCUUGGGACGGUGUGACCAUGAUGGUGGCCAAGUCACGGGUCUUGAUCUUAGCAAUGAGGGGAUCACUAGUGGACUUAACGAUUCAUCGAGUCUUUUCAGACUCGAUUAUCUUCAGAGGCUGAAUUUGGCUUUCAACAAAUUCCAGUCUUUGGAGAUUCCUUCUGGAUUCGGUAAUCUCACCAAUUUGGUCUCCCUCAAUCUUUCAAAUGCCGGAUUCACAGGACAGGUUCCAAUUGGGAUAUCACGUUUGAUAAGGUCGAUUACUCUUGAUGUAUCUCAGUUUUAUUUUCGUGGGGUCACUUCAUUGAAACUCAAGAAUCCAAAUCUAAAGAUGCUUGUUGGGAAUCUUAGCGAGCUAAGAGAGUUGUACCUUGAUGGAGUGAACAUGUCUGCUACAGGCAAUGAAUUAUGCAAUGUCCUGUCUUCUUCACUGCCGAAGCUUCAAGUGUUAAGCAUGAUGAAUUGUUAUUUAUCAGGUCCCAUUGAGUCUUGCUCUUCCCUCGUGAAUCUUCCUUUUCUGUCAGUGAUUAAAUUGGGCACUAAUAAUCUGUCUACCACCGUCCCAGAGUUCUUUGCUCACUUCCAAAAUUUAGGGACUCUAGAUCUCAGUAAUUGUGGCUUGCGGGGAGAAUUUCCUCAAAAAAUCUUCCAAGUACAAACACUUCAGAACCUUGACCUAUCAUUCAACAGACUCCUUCAGGGUUCUUUGCCAAGAUUUCCGAAGAAUAGUUCUCUUCAGACAUUGGUUCUCAGUUUCACGAAUAUUUCCGGGAGGCUCACGGAAUCAAUUGGGAAUCUCAAAAAUCUGUCAAGGAGAAUUGCAGCUUUGAUGGAAAUAUCCAAGCUCUUUUACCAGUCUUUCGCAACUAGCUUAUUUGGACUUGUCAUUCAACAAUUUUACUGGUUCAAUUCCAUCACUUAG